UCCAAAGCUCAUUUGUGAAUAUUUGAAUUGCAUUAUGGGAUUGCUAGACAGACUUUCAGGCUUGCUUGGUCUGAAGAAGAAGGAAGUUCAUGUUUUGUGCCUUGGACUGGACAAUAGUGGCAAAACAACAAUCAUUAACAAACUUAAGCCUUCAAAUGCUCAAUCUCAGGAUAUAGUUCCAACAAUAGGAUUCAGCAUAGAAAAAUUCAAAUCUUCCAGUUUGUCUUUUACAGUGUUUGACAUGUCAGGACAAGGAAGAUACAGAAAUCUCUGGGAACAUUAUUAUAAAGAAGGACAAGCCAUUAUCUUCGUCAUUGAUAGUAGUGAUAGAUUAAGAAUGGUUGUGGCCAAAGAAGAACUUGAUACUCUUCUGAAUCACCCAGAUAUUAAGCACCGCCGAAUACCAAUCUUAUUCUUUGCAAACAAAAUGGAUCUCAGAGAUGCAAUGACAUCCGUAAAAGUGUCUCAGUUGCUUUGUUUAGAGAACAUCAAGGAUAAACCAUGGCAUAUUUGUGCCAGUGAUGCCUUAAAAGGAGAAGGAUUGCAAGAAGGUGUAGACUGGCUUCAAGAUCAGAUCCAGGCUGUGAAGACAUGAAAAGAUAGUGCUUGGAAACGUCAACAAUUUUCACUUCAAGGAGUAUAUUUGAAGAAAACUAAAUAUAUUUAUAUUUUUUAAAAGAAUUUGUGCAUCUAAGAAUACUUUAUAAUCUUCUGUUCGCAUUUAUGUAUUCUGAAGUUUUUUUUUAAGAACAUAGAAUUUCCCAUUUGCUAAUCUGACCAUUUAUUAUAUAAAAACUAAAUUUGUCUUCUGAAGACCGCCAGACUUAUCAACUUCUUGAUGAAAAUCAAUAUUUGAUUGUAAUUGUAAUAUUUAAAAGUCAGAGUUAUAAAGGAUCUCAUUAUAUCAUAAUAAUUUAUCAUAUAUUUUAUACAUUUUAUUUUUUAAAUUGCCUUUAAACAUUUAGUAUCUAAGACUGUACAGGAUAAUUAUGCUUAUAAAAAGGAACUUUCAAUAUUUAUAAAGGACUGUGGAUAAAUAAUAUAUAUUAAAUUUUCACAUAUGUGACCAUCAAUAAAAUAUUAAAUGUA